AUGGUUUACACUGCAAUUAACGUCGACGAAGAAGAACAAUUCUUCCAACAACAAGUCAAAGAAAUCGAAGAGUGGUGGGCUCAACCAAGAUGGAGCAGCACCAAACGUAUCUACACUGCUGAAGAUAUCGCUAGAAAGAGAGGUACUUUAAAAAUUGAAUAUCCAUCCUCCCAACAAGCCAAGAAAUUAUUCAAAUUAUUAACUGAACAUGACAAAAACAAGACUGCUUCUUUCACUUUCGGUGCUUUAGACCCUGUUCACGUCGCCCAAAUGGCCAAAUACUUGGACAGUAUCUAUGUUUCCGGAUGGCAAUGUUCCUCAACUGCUUCCACCUCAAAUGAACCAUCCCCAGAUUUAGCUGAUUACCCAAUGGACACUGUUCCAAACAAAGUCCAACACUUGUGGUUUGCCCAAUUGUUCCAUGACAGAAAACAAAGAGAAGACAGAUUAAAAGUGUCCAAGGAAGAAAGAGCCAAAUUAAACUACAUCGACUUCUUAAGACCAAUUGUUGCCGACGGUGACACCGGUCAUGGUGGUAUCACUGCUAUCAUCAAAUUGACCAAGUUGUUCAUCGAAAGAGGUGCUGCUGGUAUCCACAUUGAAGAUCAAGCUCCAGGUACCAAGAAAUGUGGUCAUAUGGCUGGUAAAGUUUUAGUCCCUGUGCAAGAACACAUCAACAGAUUGGUUGCUAUCAGAACCUCUGCUGAUAUCAUGGGCUCUGACUUGUUAUGUGUUGCCAGAACUGACUCCGAAGCUGCCACCUUAUUGACCUCCACCAUCGAUUCCAGAGACCACUACUUUGUCAUUGGUUCCACCAACCCAGAUCUCCCAGACUUGAUCUCAGUCAUGACCGAAGCUGAAUCCAAUGGUAUUUACGGUGACGAAUUAGCUGCCAUUGAAGCUGACUGGGUCUCUAAAGCUGGUCUUAAACUAUUCCACCAACAUGUCAUCGACACCAUCGAAGCUGGCGACUACCCAAACAAAGCUGAAUUGAUCAAAGAAUUCACCUCCGUCGUCACUCCAACCUCUGGUACCUCAAACAAACAAGCCAGAGCCUUGGCCAAAAAAUUUUUAGGCAAAGAUCUCUACUUCAACUGGGAAUCCCCAAGAGUCAGAGAAGGCUACUACAGAUACCAAGGUGGUACCCAAUGUGCUGUCAACAGAGCUAGAGCCUUUGCUCCUUACGCUGAUAUUAUUUGGAUGGAAUCCAGAUUACCAGACAUUGACCAAGCUAUUGAAUUUGCUACUGGUGUCAAAUCCUUGUACCCUGACCAAUGGUUAUCCUACAACUUGUCUCCAUCUUUCAACUGGAACAGAGCCAUGAAACCAGAAGACCAAGCUACUUUCAUACAAAGAUUAGCCAAACUAGGUUACGUAUGGCAAUUCAUCACCCUCGCUGGUUUACAUGUCACUGCUUUGGCUGUCGACAACUUCUCCAGAGACUAUGCUAAAAUCGGCAUGAAAGCCUACAGUCAAAACGUCCAAGCUCCAGAAAUCGAAAAUGGUGUCGAAGUCGUCAAACAUCAAAAAUGGUCUGGUGCUGAAUAUAUCGACAGUUUGCUUAAAAUGGUCACUGGUGGUGUUUCCUCAACUGCUGCCAUGGGUAAGGGUGUUACUGAAGAUCAAUUUAAAGGUGCUUAA